AUGCCGGAAUCAGCAAAUGUUAGUAUUGAUGGAGAAACACGGAGAUCUGUCACAGCUGCAACAUUAUUAUUGGUUACUCAAAAGUUGGAUACUCUAGUGGAUUGCGUAAACCAGCUGACAGAAAAUGUGUCACAACAAACCAGCAAUGUUUCUAAGAUGAUGGUUGUUGAUGGAUUUUCCAAGUAUGUCGUAGCGAAAGCUACACGAAGAUCAACUGCGGAUGUUACUACCGCUGUCUUAAGAGAGAUUUUCUUACAAUAUGGUUUUCCUAAAUUACUUACAUCGGACAACGGAUCGGCGUUUAGAGCACAGAAGCUCGCAGAUUUUUUAAUGGCUCAUGGAGUGAAAGCAAUUUUUACAUCUGGAUAUAACCCAAAAAGCAAUAUGAGUGAACGUAAUAACCAAAAUAUUAAAACGAAUUUAACAGCCAUUAUGAAGCAGUAUGGUUUACAACAUAAGAUGUGGAGUAAUAUGCUUCCAUAUGUCGUAUAUAAUUACAAUAGAUCGUUUCAUCAAACGAUUAAAUGUACGCCGGCGGUUGUGUUUUUUGGCAGAGAAUUGAACACUUCAAUGGAUCUCGCACUCAAUAUUGAUUUAUGUGACGAAAAGCCAGACUUAAGUUUUGUAAGAAAAAACCUUAAAGAGUAUUUUGUUAAAAAAUCUAAGCCAACUCUCGAUUACGCAUCCAAGUUUAAAAUAAACCAAUUAGUUAUGUUGAAGAAUCAUGCCUUAAUAUCUACAACUGAACGGGAUAAGAAAUUCAUGGAUAAAUACAGUGGUCCUUAUAAAAUCGUUAGAUUCACAACACCAGUUUCUGUGGAACUUCAAGAAAUCGGCUCGGAAAAUGUUAAGAAGUCGCACAUCCAAUAUAUCAAGCCCUACGGAAGUGGUAGCUAA